CCAAGAGUUAAACACUAGAAGGUGCUACAGGAAAAGGAGAUGCACACCGCUUGCGCUUCCACUUCAGAGCUUCUUUUUCUGUCCUAGCUUUUGCAUGUGAUCACCCCUGACAUUGUGACAUCACAUUGGAUCAAACCGCCCCUUCUCAAUCUUGGCCGCCUUUUUUUUCCCUUAUCACCAACCGACCAACAGCUUCUUGACCCCAUACAUUAUAUAUAAUAAUUUCCCAUUAUUCUUUGGCCGCACAUCUGUCUUGUAUACCACCUCGUACCGUCCCGACCUGGACAAUCUCUAUCCAUUCUCCUAUACGCGCGGUCUCGAUGAUGCCUCUCGGGAGCUACUGAUUGCCCUGUUCCUUUCGACCAGAGCUGUUACUUGCACAGCUUAAGCUAUCGAUCGCUUCCAAUCCUAAUCUACCUAACUUUGCGGCCAAUGAGAGUAUAGUUGCCGAAAGCCGCCAAAAUGCCUGUUCCAUUUCUUGGGCGACUCGAUGUCACCGAGUAUGUUGCGCUUAUCGGGUCCUUCUUGCUCGUGGGACUCGAGGCCCUCAUCCGUAUCCUGACGCUUGCCCUACCUAAUUCCCUAAUUACUCUUUUCUACCGUUUAUCGAGACGACUGUUUAAUAGAUGGACAACACCAGCACAAAAGCGGGCGGAGGAGAGGAGACAGCCCGUCUCUGAAGCCGUCCGAAACGCCUCCGAUUUUGUCGAUCUUUGCGCCCUGUUCGGAUACACCGCGGAAGAGCAUGUGGUACAAACUAAGGAUGGAUAUCUGCUCGGCCUGCACCGGUUGGCUUACAGGAAGGGCGAGGAAGAUACAAAGGUCAACCGAGGACCGAACAGCAUCAAGAAGCGCGUUGUCUACCUCCACCACGGUCUGCUGAUGAACAGCGAGGUAUGGGUCUGUCUCACGGACGAGCAGAGGUGCUUGCCUUUUGUGCUCGUUGAGCGCGGCUUUGAUGUUUGGUUCGGAAACAACCGCGGCAACAAGUACUCCAAGAAGUCCGUCCACUGUUCGCCCAUGUCACAGAGGUUUUGGAACUUCUCGAUCGACGAGUUCGCCUUCCACGAUAUUCCCGACAGCAUUAGCUACAUCUUGGAAACCACAGGGCAGCCGUCUUUGUCAUACAUCGGCUUCUCCCAGGGCACAGCCCAAGCUUUUGCUAGUCUGUCCAUCCACCCGAAGCUCAACGACCAGGUCAACGUCUUUAUCGCUCUUGCCCCAGCCAUGUCCCCGGCCGGUCUAUCUAACGGCAUUGUCGACGCACUCGUCAAGGCCUCACCGCAGGUGCUAUACCUACUCUUUGGAAGACGCUCUAUUCUAAGUUCGGCAACCAUGUGGCAGUCGAUCCUCUACCCGCCCAUCUUCUCGAAGCUCAUCGACAUGGGACUCAGCUUUCUCUUCAACUGGAAGACCCAGAAUAUCAGCACCUCGCAGAAGCUUGCCGCAUACCCGCAUCUUUAUUCGUUCACAAGCACCAAGUCGGUCGUCCACUGGUUCCAGAUUAUCCGCACCAAGUCCUUCCAGAUGUACGAUGACGAUGUACAGCCCCCGCUCAUGCUCUCCUCCAGCAGCAAGUACACCAAGGUCGCCAAGUAUCCCACCCGCAACAUCAAGACGCCAAUUGUACUAGUCUACGGGGGCAUCGACUCGCUCGUAGACAUCAAGGUCAUGCUUCGCGAACUACCCACACAGACGGUGGCCACCGAGAUCCCGCACUACGAACACCUCGACUUCCUCUGGGCCCGUGACGUUGAUGCCCAAGUCUUCCAGCACGUCUUUGAUGCACUCGAGAGUUUCACCGGAGCCGAACACACCAAGGAAGAAUACGAACGCUACCGCAGCGCCCGACACGUCAGCCUGAGCGCCAGUGGCUCCUUCAAUCGCUUCAUUCCUAACAAGAGCGGUGAUAAUACGGCUGCCGACAGCGACGUCAGCACUGCCGUGGCCGGGAGUGUCCGUGAUGGCGAGGAGCAAUUUGUUGACGCCGACGAGCGCCAGGAACGGCUGGAUCAGGUCAACGAGCUACGAAGCAUGAAAUCCUUCUCUAGCUCACCGGAUACGAGUAGUAGCCCAAAGAAGCAACAGCUACUCCAGGUACCGCAUCAGGCGCGCGAGAGCCCUCUUACGACUCCUGUUGGCAGCCUCAACAGCACUUCUGGUUCCAAGCUUAGCCCGAUGUAUCCCGGGUCUUUGGAUGGGCACUUUGAGAACGACUCGAGGGCCGAGUCACUGUCAAACAGGAGUCCGGACUCCGAGUUUCAAGGUGCGUUACCUUCGAUUACGCCACCGAAGAGCAGGGGAACGGGCGCGAGCCAAAUGAGCUUGAACUCGCUCAGGGGUGGCAAGGGGAUCAGUCUUGGUCCUAGCAGGGCAGUAGGUGGUGUUACUACAAGUGGUGCUGAAGUUCCACUUGCUGCGUUGGCGGGGAGCAGCUCAAAUGAGUCUGGGACGUUGAGGGAGCCGAGGAAGAGUUCGAAUAAGAGGUAGUACCGCAGGAGCGGGAGCAGGAGCGGAAGCGGUGGUGGAUCGUGGAGUUUGUUUGGUGCGAGUGAGAAUGGCUGCCGGGUGGCAUAGCGGUAGUGGUGAUGAUGAUGGGCAUGACGGGUAUGAGCAACAGCAGCGACGUAGAUCUGUAUAGUAUAUCUAAUCUUGCAUGUUGUCAAUCCUGUAUGGAGGUUGCGCGGAGUGUCCGUCACGAAGGGUUUGGCGAUACACACCUAUGCCGCAAGCACACAAUAAUCAGGGAUAUUAUCGAGGACACUGAUGGCUUUGCUUUUGACAUAUCUCGG